AUAAGUAUACGCUCGAUGACACAGUUUCCACUCCAUCCCGUUCUGUCAGUCCUCCACCUCCUCUCCUGUUGAGAACUCAGCCGAACAGAGCAUUGCUCCGCAGAAUUUUUGCUAGCUCAUCCUCCAACUGCAGAUCGAUCAUGAGCUACCAGCAGGGCUACCCGCCGCCAGGCACCGCAGCAGCGUACCCUCCGCCGGGCCAGCAGCAGGCCUACGUCGCGCCGCCGCCGUCCACCUACCCGCAGGACCAGCAGUACCCUCCCGCCGGCGCCGACACCACGAGCCGCGGCGGGCACGGCCACGGCGGCGAUGGCUUCUUGAAAGGAUGCUGCGCCGCGCUGUGCUGCUGCUGCCUCCUCGACGCCUGCUUCUGAUCGAGCUUGACCCAUCUUGUUCGACCGUCACGAUCAGGCGCGGCAUAUAGAGUAUACUGUAGUAUAUAUUUUUUUAGGUUGCCGUGUUGAAUACUAGUCCCAGAACACGAUUUCUUGCGUGUGAUGGUGCGCGUUGCUCCAUUCGUACGAUUCAGAUAGAGAGGGACGUGUGAGAUUCAUCUAGUGGCCUUAUUGAAUAAAAUGCAUAUUUCUCUUGGUGUUAUUUACCUUGUUGGUAGCGAUGAUCGAAUCAUUCGCGGGUCUUACAGUGAAUAACUUCACAAUAAUUGUUGCAAACUUGGUGCAGUUAACCUGAUGUUGUAAUGUUGUUGAUCCAUUUGAAUCGUACAAUAAUUUCACAAAUCUCAGAAAACGAGCGCCCGGCACUGUCAGUGCAAGCAUGAGCUGUGGUUUCAAUCAGCCAGACAGCAUUGGUUGUUUCGUAAGAGCAAACCGAUCUUCUCCAGCACACCGGCCGCCAUAUCUACUUUCCUGGAUAUGCAUUCAUUUGCUCACAAAAAAUGCACCAUGCUCGGAAGUUUGAUCUCCGUCAUAUAACCAAAUGGAGUAAAACAGAACAAUCCCAAAGAUGAUUUUCAUAACUAAAACGAACAGCUAUCCAAUGAUGCAGGUCAAACGGCAAGAUGAACAAAGGGGGCAUAAUUCACACUCCGACUAGUAGACUUGCACCAUCAGUUUCUAACACCGCAGCAGGUUCACGUCGCCAAGAAAGAUACAUGCAUACUGAAAAUUGUACAGGUCCAAGCAAGACUGCCUACAAAUCACAUUCAGUGUUCAGUGAACGAAGUCAAGUAGUACAGCAUACAUCUUCCUGACUUCACGCGCAUUAGACCAAUCCUUCAAGACAAACAACCCCCAAAGUACGGAGAACGCCGACCAGUGCAUCCAUUUCAUCACCAUGCACCAAGUGCUC